AUGGUGAGCGUGUUUCGGAUCAACCUUCCAGCCAAUCCCGCGGCCCAGGGCGCCCUGCGGAUGCUCCGCGUCGUGGCAUUUGCGGCGCUCCUGGCCCUGGUGUCUGCCAAGCGUGCGGGCUGGAUCACGAAGCCCACCUACGGCUACAGCGCCUCUGGCGCGCAGCUGCUGGGCCGUGAGAGCGGGGCCGGCGUGGACAUCAAGCCGAGCCCGCACAAGGGCGAGUUCAUCACCAAGUUUGACGUGGCGACCAGCGGCUGCAUCAAGUGCCUGACCCUCUACACCUCCACGGGCCGGUCCGUGUCGGCCGGUAGCUGCGGCUCCGCCACCAAGACCACCGUCAACGCGCCUGAGGGCUACCACGUCUUCGCCCUCAAGGGCUUCUACGGCCCGGGCUGCCCGGGCCCGGCGGUCUCCAUGGCCGUGGUCGAGGCCACCCAGCCCGCCCAGGGUGGAACCGAGGUUGCUGUCGCCCAGCAGGCGCCGGAGCCCGUGCCGACCCCGACGCCUGUGCCCACCCCCGUGCCAGUGCCAUCCCCUGAGCCUGUGCCAUCCCCCGAGCCCGUGCCGUCCCCUGAGCCUGUGCCGUCGCCCGAGCCCGUGCCGUCGCCUGAGCCAGUGCCGUCGCCCGAGCCCGUGCCAUCCCCUGAGCCAGUGCCGUCGCCCGAGCCCGUGCCGUCGCCUGAGCCAGUGCCGUCGCCCGAGCCAGUGCCGUCGCCGGAGGCGUCGCCCGUCCCCGGCCCGUCGCCUUCGCCCACCCCCGUGUGCAACCAGGUGGCCACAUUCAACGGGUACUCUGGUCUGGCCUGCGAUGUUGCCUCGGGCAAGGUCGUCGGCAGCGGCCUCAUCGCCAAGUUCUCGCCCUUCUUAGACCUCACCUGCAUCGACCUGGGGCCGAGCACCUGCACCCAGACCACAGCCGCCCCCUCGUCAGCGGGCACCUCCGUGGAUGUCACCGCUGCUGCCCCGACGGCAGCCGUUGCCGCCGCCCCCGCCGCCACCACCACCACCACCGUCGACGUCGGCGCCUCAACGGCGUCAGCCCCCACCACAUCCGUCAAGACCCUGUCGCUGCCCACCAUCUCCGUCCUGGGCAAGGGCAAGCUGUUUGGCAAGGGCGGCCGCAAGCUGCAGGGCUCAGACUUCUUCGGCAAGGGCACGUUGUCCAGCACCCCCACCGACACCUCCGGUUACGCCCAGUGCGGCUGGGCCGUGUGCAAGCCCGAGUACAAGACCCUGGAGCUGCCCACCAUCCAGAUCCCCACAAUCACCAUCUCCAAGUUUGGCAAGGGCAAGUGA